AUGACAGCUGAGCUUCGUGACCAGCUAGCAAAACUAGAAGCGGAGAAGAAUGCCGAGAUCGCAGAACUAAAACUGUCCCGCAGCGACGCAGCAGAGGAGUCAAACAAGGAGGUGACGAGUUACAAGGAACAGAUCAAGCAGCACUCCGUCACCAUCUGUGCCAUGGAGGAAAGGGUGAUGAAACUGACCAAGAAGAACAAGGACUACCAGACUGAAGUGACCGCUCUGAAACAACAGAUUCAAGAAUUGAAGAGCAGGCCCCCACCUCAGCCAAAAGUUGUGAGACCGAAGACGCCGCCCAAGCAUACAGUGGUGGUAGAACCAGGCCCUGAUGUGGCAGCUUUGGAGCAAAUACUACUGGCUGUUAGGCGAGAAAACCAGGAAUUGAAGAGCAAGCUUCAGGAGCAGCAAGAUGUCAUCCUUGCUCUCAGGCGAGACUUGGCAGGUGCUUCAGCCAGGAUGUCAGACAUGACAGGUGAAUUAAGUGAGGCUCAGAAGGAGAAACUGGAGCAGAGCACAGUGCAGGUCCAACAGAAGCAAAGAGAACUGGACGAGGAAAGACAAAAACUAGCCAAAAUGUCUGCCAUUGUGGACAGUCAGAAAAAGGAAAUACAGGACUACUCCAAUGAAUUGAGCAAACUGAAGUCCCAGUUGAACAAGUUGAAGACAGAAACAAGUGAUAAAAACUCUCAGGUCCAGGAGCUGGAGCUGGCUCUGACCAGGGAAAAAGAUGAACAAAAGAAACAGCUCAGCUUGGUAGAGGAAGAGGGUCGCAUAACCUCAGAGCUGACAUCCUAUGGUGCUCAAUGUAGAGGUGAGAGACAUGAGCAGGUCAUCGCCAGGCAGAGAGAGGCUCUGGCAGAGCUCAGGCAGCGCAUCAAAUCUCUGGAACAAGUCAGACCACCAGUACCCACUCAUGACCAAGCCUUACAGCAGGUGGCGCUGUUGAAGAAGGAGCUGGCCGAGCUAAGAGCCAAUCAGGCGCUGGCGGAGGACAAACAUAUCAUGGCAAGCACGUCAUUGGAUCGGCAAGUGAGCAAGGCGCGGGGGAUCAUCCACAGCGUCAACGCCGAGGCAGAUAUUGAGAAGAGUGCACACAGGGAGACCAUGGAUGCCUUGGACGAUAGUGAGAAUUCAUAUCUCACCCUGCUCCGUGCUAUAGCCAGUUCCCUUGAGAUGGAGGAGGUCAAAGGGCUCCGUUCCAUGUCCCACAUUCCAAAAGAUGAGCGCCGUAGAUUGUAUGAUGAUCGGGAAAAGUCAUGUGAAAUGCUGGCCAGUCGAAUUAAAGUUUUGAAGGAAAGAAUAUCAAGAAAGGAUGAACUUUUACAAACUUAUGAAAGAGACUUAGCAAGGUUACGGCAAGCAGAGCAGUUGGCUGAGAAGAAGAACGCACAAGUAGAAAGUUUAACUAAUGAUGUGAUAAGUAAACUAGAUGAGACUCAGUAUCUGAGGGAGUCCCUGAACAGAACCAGAGACAGACUGGACCAGGAGAAGAGGCUCAACUCUGCAAUAAAACAGAAAAAGACCUACCACAUGGAGAACGAGAAACCAGAACCAAAGUGGUCCAAACACAGGUGUCCCCCAGACGACAUCUUUGGAAAGAAAGCAGCCAAAGAGAGAGCACACAGAGAAAAAGUAAAGAGGAAAAAUUACGAGAUGAGAGCUCUCAAAGGUGAACUUACAGAAAGGGAUCGAGAGCUGGUUCAGGCCUCGAGAAGAAUACAUGACUUAGAAACUAGUCUGGGCCUUGACAGUGAAGAGUUCGUGGAUGUGGAGUAAACCAAUGUAAAAGCAUCUCAGCGACACACGCAAAUAGGAAUUUUGAAGAAUUAGCAUAGAAUAAGAGAACUUACAUAUAUAAAAACCAUGCAGGCUCAGGGUCUGACUGGAGAGAAAUAUUGAUGUUAAAUAUCAAUUCUCCAACAGAGUAUGACAUUUUUUUCUCCAUGAUUUGUGUUUAUAUGAUAAAUAUGACGCGCUUUGUUAAAAAAUAUCAUCUUUUCUGAAGAAACAGCUUCUCAUGCCUCAAUUUUCACUGCAGUUUUAAGCAGGAGACAAAUUCAUGUUGCAGAUAUAUUAUCUUGUACAUGAAUCAAACCAUUAUGAUUUGUGUGACAAACUGUAUACUACGAAUCAAUUGCAUUUAUAAACAAGCAAGAGUAGAGUGAUAUGGUAGUAUUUUUUAUGCUUUUGCAUUUUGCAAGCCAAAUGAUCAAAAUUGUUUAGUAAAAAUAGUAGCCGCAGUGGAUGCUGAUGUAUGAUACAGUAUCUGUACUUACUUAUUUUAACAGCAUUCUGAUUAAGCCAAUUUUUUUUUUUUUUUUUUGCUACACCUCAUUCCGUCCUCUGUAUUAUUUUAUUUUCAUCAUCUGUUGAGCUGUAAAACAAAGUGGGCCACACAAGUGAUCUCAUGUCAUUAUUUUUUUUACUGCAAGUUUCAAGUUGAUGGUCAUUUAAAGCUUAAUUGACAAAGAGAUAAGCUGCUUAAAAUGAGAGGAAUAUGGUUUGCCUGUAUUUGUUGUAUUAGUUUGCAUUUAGUACAUGCUUUUUUAAAAUUGUUUUUGUACCUAAAAAGACAAUUUGAUCUUUUGCUGAAUAAUGUGAUUUGGAGAUCAUUUUUUUUAUGAAAGACGGUAAAUGUGCAAUAUAAACAUCUAUACCGCACUGUACAUUUAUUUUCUCACUCCAGCAUUUUUUAUACAAAUUGUUAAAUGUAUUGAGAGAUAUUUACACCAACUAUUCAUUUUUCUGACAUUUAUGAAAGAUGAAAUUUAUUGUAAAUUAGUUAUUUUAUGAAAAAAAAUCACACAUGUUCAGUAAUAUUUUUAGCCUUUA